AUGUAUCUCCCUUUCUUGGAUUAUCUUUCAUUUAUGGAAGUUUGCUGCUGCAACCUUGAAGUGGAUGUAAAUGGAGAAGAGACCUUCAUGGUGGACAAGAAUGUUAUUACUCAGUACUCAAACAAGUUUGCUAGAUUAUUUGGAAAGUCUAGUGGUGGCACAGGAAAGCUUAAAUUAAUAUUCCAUGAUUUUCCAGGUGGUGCAGAAGGUUUUGAGCUUAUGUUAAAAUUCUGUUACAACAAUGGAACAGCUGAUAUAAGUCCUUCCAAUUUGUUCAUUGCGCGUUGUGCUGCUGAGUACAUGGAAAUGAAGGAACCUGUAGCUGAUGUAUCUAAUUUAUUGGAGCAAACUGAAAAGUCACUCCAAGAGAUCAACUAUUGGACUUGGUCAGAUCUUUUGAUUGCUUUGAAGCAGUGCCAGAAUUUACUAGUUCCAGAUUCUUCUGUGAUGGUAGAAAGAUGCUUGGACACUAUUGUGGGGAGGCUGGUUUUGGCUAGUGAAGCAAGUCCAUGUCCAUCAACUAGUUCCACAGAUAGUUCUUGGAUUCGGUUUUCAUGUGACUCUAAGAGCACUGAGAGUGUAAAAACAAGUUUCACUCGUUUAACGUGGUGGUUUGAAGAUCUCCUUUUUUUGAGUCCCUUGUUGGUUGCAAUGUUGGUUAAGUCAAUGCUUUCGCGAAAGAUGGACCACGUUUUGAUCAGCAGGUUUCUUCUCUACUAUCAGAAGGCCAAAUUUUCUACUUCUACCGCAAAUGAGAAGAGCAAGAUAAUAGAAAUGGUCAUAGAUAUGCAUUAUGAUAUGGAUCUAUGUUGUGUUCAUUGCAAGACUUUGUUUGGGAUUCUGAGGGUUACUUUGGGUUUGAACAUACGCAAAUGUAGCAGGAAUAAGUUGGAGACUAUGCUUGGUUCCCAAUUGGAUCAAGCAACCUUGGACAAUUUGCUUGUUCCAUCUCCUUAUGGAAUAAGCUAUCUGUAUGAUGUGAACCUUGUUUUGAGAUUGUUAAAGGCAUUCUUGCGGCGAGGAAAUGGUCUAGUCACUCCCAUUCGGAUGAGGAAAGUUGCUAGCUUAAUAGAUUUGUAUACAGCAGAAAUAGCCCCUGAUCCUUGUUUGAAAACUUCAAAGUUCUUGGCUCUUACCACAGCACUUCCAGAUUCUGCCAGAGAUUCUUAUGAUGAGAUCUAUCAUGCCUUGGAUAUGUAUCUUGAGGUACAUGCUCAAUUGUCACAGGAAGAAAGAUUGAAGAUAUGCUGUGGUUUAAAUUAUGAGAAGCUUUCACCUCAAGCUUGCCUACACCUAUCUCAGAACAAAAAAUUUCCUUCAAAAUCCGCAGUUCAGGCUCUAAUCUCCCAACAAUCUAAGCUCAAGAAUUUACUCCAUGUUACUCCCAGUACAAGUUCAUACAAUGAUUCACCUUGCAGCUCCAGUGGUGCUGCUCAACAGGUCAAGAAAGACAACACCAGUGAACAGGUUGUGUUAUAUGCUGGCAAUUUUGAUCUUUCUACAGAUAACGAGAAACUCAAAGCUCAUCUACAAGGAAUGCAGUGGAGGGUCAUGGAAUUAGAGAAAUUCUGUAGGAAAAUGCAAGUCCAAAUGGCAAAGAUCACAAAAUCAAAAGCAUCAGGCAACAGUUAUACAAAAUCUUUGCCAAAGCUGUGCUCAUGA